AACAAAUAUUUAGAGUGGAAAAGGACAUACUCUGUUAAAUCUUUUUAUCAUUUAGUGAGCCAGAGAUUAUGUGAUUUAUGCGAGAGAGUUCAUAAUCCGGAAAAAAAAGUCUACACACAAUUUGGUGACUGGUGGUAUAAGGGCAUUUGUGAGAAUCCAAAUUGGGAGCGAUGAUGAAAACUUAAGAUCCUAAUGAUUGA